CUGACGAUGCUGGGCCUUUGGUCCUUGCUUCUGCUCUGGGGCCUGGUGACCCCGUGCCAGGGGCUGCUUGAGACGGUGGGCACGUUGGCUCGGAUUGACAAGGAUGAACUUGGCAAAGCCAUCCAGAACUCACUGGUUGGGGGACCCAUUCUGCAGAACGUGUUGGGGACAGUCACAUCUGUGAACCAGGGCCUCCUGGGCUCUGGAGGGCUGCUCGGAGGAGGUGGCUUGCUGAGCUACGGAGGGGUUUUUGGCGUUGUCGAGGAGCUCUCUGGGCUGAAGAUUGAGGAACUCACGCUGCCGAAGGUGUCGCUGAAGCUGCUGCCGGGGUUCGGGGUGCAGCUGAGCCUGCACACCAAGGUGGGCCUGCACGGCUCUGGCCCCCUGGGGGGCCUCCUGCAGCUGGCGGCCGAAGUGAACGUGUCGUCGCGGGUGGCGCUGGGCGUGAGCUCGCGGGGUACGCCCAUCCUCGUCCUCAAGCGCUGCAGCACGCUCCUGGGUCACAUCAGUCUGCUCUCGGGGCUGCUGCCCGCACCACUCUUUGGGGUCGUGGAACAGACACUCUUCAAGGUGCUUCCAGGACUGCUAUGCCCGGUGGUCGACAGUGUGCUGGGCGUGGUGAAUGAGCUGCUGGGGGCCGUGCUGUGCCUGGUGCCCUUUGGGGCUCUUGGGUCCGUGGAAUUCACUCUGGCCACACUGCCUCUCAUCUCCAACCAGUACAUAGAGCUGGACAUCAAUCCCAUUGUGAAGAGUGUAGCUGGUGACAUCAUUGACUUCCCCAAGCCUCCCGUCCCAGUAAAGGUGCCCCCCAAGGAGGACCACACGUCCCAGGUGACAGUGCCACUGUACCUCUUCAAUACUGUGUUUGGGCUCCUGCAGACCAACGGUGCCCUCGACAUAGACAUCACCCCUGAGCUGGUUCCCAGCAAUGUCCCACUGACAACUACAGACCUGGCAGCUUUGGUCCCUGAGGCCCUGGGGAAGUUGCCCCCCGGCCAGCACCUCCUGCUCUCACUGCGGGUGAAGAAAGCACCCACGGUAAUGCUCCAGAACAAGAAGGCCACGGUCUCCAUCCCAGCUAACAUCCAUGUUCUGUCCUAUGUCCCUCAAGGGACCCCUGAGGCCCUCUUUGAGCUGAACGGGGUUAUGACUCUAAAUGCCCAGCUGGCUCCCUCGGCCACCAAGCUGCACGUCUCCCUGUCCCUGGAACGGCUCAGUGUUAAGCUGGCCUCCUCCUUUGCCCACGCCUUUGAUGCAUCGCGUCUAGAAGAGUGGCUCAGCGACGUGGUCCGCGCCGCAUAUGUGCCCAAGCUCAAUGUGGACCUGGAUGUUGGAAUUCCCCUGCCUAAGGUUCUCAAUGUCAAUUUUGCCAAUUCUGUUCUGGAGAUCAUUGAGAAUGCCGUUGUGCUGACUGUGGCAUCCUGA